CCGUCAUCGCCGCGCGCGGGCCGCAGGGGCUGCGGCGGCCGGCAUGGCGCUCUUCCACAUCGCGCGGUACCCGGGGCCCGAGGCGGCUGGCGCGGAGGCCGAGGCGGCCGGCCGGGCGCGCGCGCUGCUGGAGCGGCUUCAACGCCGGGCCCGCGAGCGGCAGCUGCAGCAGCAGCAGCCGCGGCAGCAGGAGCCCGAGGAGGCCGCGCGGACCGAGGGCGCGCCGGGGAGGCGGCGGCGGCGCCCGCGGAGGAGCAGGGGCGGUGGGACGCCGGAGAGCCCGCACGCGCCGGGGAGCAAGCGACGGAAAGCGGACGGCGAGGAGGCGGGUGCAGAGAGCAGCGAGGAGGGGCCGCGGGAGAGCGGCGUGGACGCCGAGGCCGAGGCCCCGCCGGAGGCCCCAGGGGGGCGGACCCCCGACGAGGCCACCGGGCCCCCCGCCCACCCCCUGCUGCUGGGCGGCUUCGGGAGGAGCAGGGCGCCGAAGGUCCACCCUUUCCUGCCCAAGUGGCUGGCCGAGCCCAGCCGCGUCAGAAGGAAUGUCACAGAGGACACGGUUCCCGUCGAGGACAUCCCCGAAGUCCACCCCGAGCUGCAGAAGAAGCUGCGGGCGCAGGGCGUCACGUGCUACUUCCCAGUCCAGGCAGCGGUCAUCCCUGCUCUCCUGGAGAGCGCAGCCGGCGGGUUCCUGGUGGGAAGAGGCGGCUACCGGCCCAGGGACCUGUGCGUCUCCGCCCCGACGGGCAGCGGGAAGACCCUGGCCUUCGUCAUCCCCGUGGUGCAGGCCCUGCUGCGGCGAGCCGUGUGCCAGGUCCGAGCGCUGGUCGUGCUGCCCACCAAGGAGCUGGCCCAGCAGGUGAGCAGAGUGUUCAACGUCUACACGGAUGCCACGCCCCUGCGCGUCGCCCUGGUCACGGGGCAGAAGUCGCUGGCCAAGGAGCAGGAGACCCUCGUCCAGAAGACGGCCGACGGCUUCCGCUGCCUGGCUGACAUCGUGGUGGCCACUCCCGGGCGCCUGGUGGACCACAUCGACCAGACCCCGGGGUUCAGCCUCCAGCAGCUCCGCUUCCUGGUCAUCGACGAGGCCGACCGGAUGAUGGACAGCAUGCACCAGGCGUGGCUCCCACGGGUGGUGGCGGCUGCGUUCCCGCGGGAGGCUGCCAGGGACCCCUGCGCUCUGCUCCAGAGACGGCAGCCCCAGGCCGUGACCGCUGCCAGCUCCUGCUGCCCGCAGAUGCCCCUGCAGAAGCUGCUCUUCUCGGCCACCCUGACCCAGAACCCCGAGAAGCUGCAGCAGCUCGGCCUGUACCAGCCCCGGCUCUUCUCCACCCGGCCGGCCCGUGGGGGCCCCGGGGACGCGGGCGUGGACGCGGACACGGACUCGGCCUCGGGCGGGAAGUACACCUUCCCCUCGGGGCUCUCGCACCACUACGUGCCCUGCAGCCUGCAGGCCAAGCCGCUGGUCGUCCUGCACCUGAUCCUGCACAUGAGCUUCUCCCGGGUCCUGUGCUUCACCAACUCCCGGGAGAACGCCCACAGGCUCUUCCUGCUGGUCCAGGCUUUCGGGGGUGUGGCGGUGGCCGAGUUCUCCUCCCGCUGCGGCCCUGGCUGGAGGAGGACGGUCCUGAAGCAGUUUGAGCAGGGGAAGAUCCAGCUCCUCAUCAGCACAGACGCCACCGCCCGCGGCAUCGACGUGCAGGGCGUGCAGCUGGUGGUCAACUACGACGCCCCCCAGUACCUGCGGACCUACGUGCACCGGGUCGGCAGGACGGCCCGGGCGGGGAACACCGGCCAGGCCUUCACGCUGCUCCUCAAAGUGCAGGAGCGGAAGUUCCUCCGGAUGCUGGCAGAAGCCGGGGCCCCCGAGCUGCAGCGGCACGACACGCCCCCCGAGCUCCUGCAGCCGCUGGUGCCGCGGUAUGAGGCGGCUCUGUCCCAGCUGGAGAGGGCCGUCAAGGAAGAACAAAGGCAGAAGGCGGCCUAGGCAGGGGCUCCGGGGGCGGGCAGGACCCUCCAUGGCAGCAAGCAACGAGAAAACGUCCUCAGGCGCGGAGAAGGCCGGCCAACCAGCCGACCAGCCGCACAGCCGGGCCCCGGCCUGCGGAGUGCACCCAGCGCCGGGUGCUGGCGGACACGCCCCCGCGGGGGGCUGGGCGCUGCAGACGGCCUCGGGAGCACUCACCCACUGUCCGGGGGAGGCCUCCCCCAGCGCUCAGCGUCACUAAAAAACUGGAGGAACUGGG